AUAUACACAUAAGUUGUGAAAUACGCCGUAGCAAAUUAAUAAACAAGAAGACGAAGAAGGAGAAUAUGGUAGGGUUUGAGUACGCGAAGAAAUCCGACAACGCUUCUAACAAGAACAACCUCUUGUCCGACGCCGUCAUCAAUCUCGAUCACGGAGAUCCGACGGCGUUCGAGGAGUAUUGGAGGAAGAUGGGGGACAGGUGUACGGUGGUGAUUAAGGGUUGGGAACUGAUGAGUUACUUCAGCGACGUGAACAAGGUGUGUUGGUUCAUGGAACCGGAGCUGGAAAACGCGAUCAGAGGUUUGCACGCAGCGGUUGGAAACGCAGCGACUGAGGAACGCUACAUAGUGGUGGGGACAGGCUCAACGCAACUUUGCCAGGCCGCCGUCCACUCACUAUCUUCCCUUCGUCCUUGUGGGACUCACCCUGUCAGCGUCGUCGCUGCCGCUCCUUAUUAUUCCACGUACGUGGAAGAGACGACGUACGUGAGAUCGGAGAUGUACAGAUGGGGAGGGGAUGCGAGGAGGUACGAGAAAGAAGAAGGGCCGUACAUAGAGCUGGUGACGUCACCGAACAACCCGGACGGGACCAUGAGGGAAGAAGUGGUGAAGAGGCCACAGGGCAAAGUGAUAUACGACUUGGCGUAUUACUGGCCUCACUUCACUCCCAUCACUCACCGCCCCCACCAUGACAUCAUGCUCUUCACCUUCUCCAAGCUCUCCGGCCAUGCCGGCUCCCGCAUCGGGUGGGCGCUGGUGAAGGAUAAGGAAGUGGCGAAGAAGAUGGUGGAGUACAUAAUGGUGAACUCGAUCGGUGUCUCAAAGGAGUCGCAGAUGAGGGCGGCUAAGGUCCUCAACGUCAUGACCGAGACAUGCCGGUCCCAUUCCGACAGCUUCUUCCUGUACGGACGCGACAAGAUGAAGAACCGCUGGGAUAAGCUACGGGAAGUGGUCGAGCAACAGAGCGACGAUAUCUUCACUCUCCCGAAGUACCCAGAAGCCUUUUGCAACUUCUUCGGCAAACCCAUCGGAUCAUACCCUGCGUUUGCUUGGCUUGCCAUUGGUUGCCAUGAGGAGAGUGAUCUUGGGAGCCUCUUGAUGAAGCAGAAGGUUCUGACCCGUUCAGGCAACAGAUGUGGUUCCGACAAGAAUCACGUCCGAGCAAGCAUGCUCUGCCGCGAUGAUGUCUUCUCCCUCUUCCUCCACCGGCUUGCCUCCAUCACCAUCCCCGCCACCGACUCGCUCCAUUAGAUAUAUAUAGCUUUUUUAUAUUAUAGGCGAUCACUAUUAAGUACUAAUGUUCAUUUGUCCAGGCCAUCUGGGUUGGAAAUAGUCUUAUUACAUUUUGGGCUUAGUCCAUAUAACCGCGGUUAAGAUCAUUCAUAUGGGCCUGGCCCAAUAGUCAGCUCUAUUUUAUUCCUUGAGCCUGCAAAGUGGGCCACAACCUCUACGGGGGAGAACUCGAUCACAAGC